AUGGCUGCCAGUAAUGGUCUACUGGGUGUCAGCUUCUAUUGGCACGGCACAAAGCAAGUGCCAAGGGCUCGGUGGCUCGACUCCCCGCCGCAGACUCGGCCUGUGGAUAAAAGCAAGCAAAAUGCCCCAGUCGAGCUCAGAGACAUAGUCAUGUUGGGCUGGAACGAGGAAGUGCAGUGGAGAGGGGAGGGACUCAGGGCGCAGCUCCAUGGGGCCGCCGCGGCGCUGAGACCUUCUGCACAUGGAGCCGGGGAGAGUUGGAAGAACUUCAUUCUGCAAACUCAAGGAAUAGCAGAGUACCUGCACCGCAUGGAGACAGAGGAGGCCCAAGAAUUGGCCCAGAUGCCAGGCAGGGACAGCCCCCCUGCCAUAGAUGCUUCGGAGGAAACAGAGGAGCCCAUGGCUGUCCCUGAGGACCUGUCAGCAAGCUCCACCCACCAGCAGAACAACAGAGGGGACAAAGCCUGUAAUAUUAAAGUUGAGGCUCGCAGUGAUGAGGAGAAUGGGCUGUCCUGUGACAUGAAUGGCAUGGAGGAGGAGGAGUGUGCGGAAGACUUGCGCGUGAUCGAUGCCUCGGGGGCCAAGGUGAACGGCUCACAGCCGAGCCCUGACGCCAAAGCCUUCGCCUCGGCUGGUGGCAUCCGGCUGCCCAACGGGAAGCUCAAGUGCGAUAUCUGUGGGAUAGUUUGCAUUGGCCCCAAUGUGUUGAUGGUGCACAAGCGAAGCCACACCGGAGAACGUCCUUUCCAGUGCAGCCAGUGCGGAGCCUCCUUCACCCAGAAGGGCAACCUGCUACGUCACAUCAAGCUGCACUCAGGAGAGAAACCCUUCAAGUGUCACCUUUGCAGCUACGCCUGUCGCAGGAGAGACGCCCUCACCGGACAUUUACGCACCCACUCGGUUGGAAAACCCCACAAGUGUGCUUACUGUGGGCGGAGCUACAAGCAGCGCAGCUCUCUGGAGGAGCACAAGGAGCGCUGUCACAACUACCUCCAGUGCAUGGGGCUGCAGAACAGCAUCUACACAGUAGUUAAGGAAGAAAGCAACCAGAAUGAGCAGAGGGAAGACUUAAGCCUGGCGGGAUCUGACAGAGCCCUGGUGCUAGACAGACUAGCUAAUAAUGUAGCUAAACGUAAGAGCACUAUGCCACAGAAGUUUGUGGGUUCCUCAGGUGACAAGCGCCUGUCAGACCUCUCCUAUGAUGUAGGAGCAGGUGAGAUGAUUCAGCCCCACGUCAUCGACCAGGCUAUCAACAGUGCCAUCAGCUACCUUGGAGCCGAGUCGCUACGCCCUUUGGUCCAGACCUCCCCAGCCUCCUCCUCUGAUGUGGGCCUUGGCUCCAUGUACCCCCUCCACAAACCUGUACCGGAGGGCCUCGUGGGGGCCAGUCUGUCUGCCAAAGACAGUGCAGCAGAGAACCUGCUGCUGCUCUCCAACUCCAAGUCUGCCUCCAGCGAGAAGGACGGCUCCCCCAGCCACAGCGGCCAGGACUCCACAGACACAGAGAGCAACAACGAGGAUCGCGCAGGCGGAGCAGCCCCCGGCCUCAUCUAUCUCACCAACCACAUCACCUCUAGAAACGGCGUGCUCCCUCUGGUGAAGGAGGAGCAGCAGAGGCAGUUUGAGGCCAUUCGGGCCAGCAUUGAGAUGGCCUCCGAAGGCUUCAAGGUGUUGACAGCAGACGGGGAGCAAGUGAGGGCGUACCGGUGCGAACACUGUCGCAUUCUGUUCCUAGACCACGUCAUGUACACCAUUCACAUGGGGUGCCAUGGCUUCAGAAACCCCUUUGAGUGCAACCUUUGUGGUCACCGGAGCCAGGACAGAUACGAGUUCUCCUCUCACAUGACCCGAGGGGAGCAUCGCUACUGAACAAUGCAGAUCAGAGAACACACAGCUGUACGUACUGAAAACAUCACACACUCACUCCUAGACCUGAAGUACAACCAUAGACAUUUAAAGAAGAUACACACCGUCGAUGUCUGAAAGUUGUUUUUAUGAAAAGCAUGCUCGUUAGUAAAACAGAUAAAUGUAUUAUACAGAUACUGAACAUUCAAAUCAACUGAAGGACGCCUGAUUUGGACUCGUGUGUUUGAAAUAUAUAUGUGUGUAUAAAUUCUUUCUUCUGACUGAAUUUUUUUCUAGAUUUCAAAUAGAAACGUUUCCACACGACAUCUUCAAAUCUCUGUAUGAAGAGGUGAAGGAAAGCCAGCGAUGGUUGUUUAAAGUGCAGGAAACUCAUGUUGUUUUCAGUGUUAAAUACAAUCAUUGAAGACUUUACAAUCAAUGUACAUACUGUAUCUCUUCAUUUACAAUCACAACUCCAUCCUGUACUUUAUUUCUGGCAGCCGACACAUUAUUUAUAUUAUAUUUACACACCUGUUUGUUUUUGUAUUUAUUAAAGUGAUGAUGUUUGUGGGUAGAGUAGUUAAUAAAAGCUGCAUCUUUUUCUGUCUGUUGUAUUAAAUGUAUUUGAAGUGAAACAUGACGACUGCUGGAGGCUUUUCUUUUCUUUUUGGUUCAUUUUACUGGAAACACUUCUGUCCUGGAAUUUUGUUUUACACCUGAUGACUCCCAGUUAUUUCGCUCACGUAAUUAAAAAGAGCUAUUUGAGGUUUGAAGGAGCUUUAUGCUUAUUAAAAAUCAAUAAAGGAUAUUUUAUAC